GCAACGUCUGUCAUCUCUAGACGCUGCUCUACUUCCAGCUUAGUUUUCUCCUUUUUUAAGUGUUUUAUUCGUGUUUUCCUCUUGGACAAACUUUCUAUCGUGCCCCAGUUGGAAUUAAUAGCGGCAUAUAAUAUCGAGGGAAACACCCCGAAACGAGUCAAAUCAAAGGCAUCAUGGCGAGCCAACGGCCUCCCUCCAGCAGACCGAUGAGUCGUAGUGGAUCUGGAGUUUCUGGUAUGGGAAGACCUCCAACAGCUAUCCGACCUCCACCUACCGCCAUCCGUGUCGCAACUGCGUUAGUUCCAGGUACCAGUGGUCAGCCUGGUAUGAGGGGGGGCAUCCCAAACCCUGGAGUCUUGUCGGCACCCAUCAAAGUGACUGACCGGCCUGUAACCCAGCAGGGCCUCAGUGGGAUGAAAACUGGCAUGAAAGGGCCCCAGAGACAGAUUCUUGAUAAGUCCUACUACCUAGGCCUCCUCAGGAGUAAGAUGAAUGAGUUGACCACAGAGAGCAGCAAACUACGCAAAGAGAUUGACAACUACAACCAGGAGAACUCAGUGUACCUCUCCUACGAGAAGAGAGCUGAGGGUCUUGCUGCAGAGAUUAAGGACCUGCAAGGCAAGCUUGCUGACUACAACAUGCUGGUGGACAAGCUCAACACUAACACAGAGUUAGAGGAAAUGAUUAACGACUACAACACGCUGAAAGCUCAGAAUGACAGCGAGGCACAAAGUAUUGACAGUAUCUUCACUAGGAGGAGAGAACGAGAGGAGGCUAUCAGGGCCAUAGAGGAGGAGAUCAGGAGGGAAUGGAGAGUUGCUGAUGAGGUAGUCCAGGCAAUGCCGGCUCCUAAACAGGACAAAUAUUUCACCAUGACAGCGGCCAAUGAGGAACUGCUGCAGGAACUGGCUGUCUUCCAGGAAGAGCUGGACAUCCUGGUAACCAAGAAGGAGGCUUAUGAAGUGGAACUUUCACACUCACAGAUCAAACAGGAAGUGGUUCGACUACACGAGACGCUGUUGGCUCUGGAGACAAAGCGCGAUGCCAUGAAGGCCGAGCACAAGAGCUUGGGCACCCCCAAGGAGGAGAGGGAGAAGUUGUUCCUGCAGGUGAAGGAGGACAACCAGGAAAUAGCAAGCAUGGAGAGACAACUGACUGAGAUCAGGGACAGGACCGGUCAGAUUACAGAGGAGCUCCGACACCUGGAUCAGGACUUAGAGGCAGCUCAGGGGGAAUGCCAACAGAAGUACAAGGAGCUGAAGAGGAAGGAUGAGGAAAUCGACCGGUUUCUGGAGUCAUUUGAGGUGUCUAAGGCUCAGGAGCUGGAGAAGCUGACCCACAGUGAAGAGAACAUUGUUUCACUCCUGGAGCACUGCAGCAGGAACAUGCUGCGGCUGCGUGAAAUGGAUACAGUGACCGCCAACGAGCUGAGGAACAUCCAGGAAGUGCUGGUCAGUAAGGAGACGGAGGUGGUCCAGUCAGAGAGCACUGCCAGAGGACUGACUGCAGAGUCCCAGCGCCUCCAGCAGGACCUAGAGAAGGUGCAGCAGCUGGAGGGGAAGAUCUCCGGAGAACUCGGCACCCUGAAGGAGCAGGUCAGCACCAUGGAGGCUGAGCUGCACACCUACAGAGACCUGGACACCCUGAGGAACACAGCUGAGGAGAAGAGGAAGAGACUGCUGGAGGACCGGGUGUCGCUGGCGCAGCACAGAGAUUCAUUUGGACAGCUGCUGGAGGAGAUGAACCGGAAACAUGAUGCUCUGAAGACCAAACUGCAGGAAAAUGAGACACACUCUCAGCUGGCUAACCUGGAGAGAAAGUGGCAGCACUUGGAGCAGAACAACUUUGUAAUGAAAGAGUUCAUCGCCUCCAAGUCUCGAGAGAGCAACUACAAGCCUGUCGUCAAGAACGUCGACCAGCAGGUGGACGACUACAACAAGAGUCUGAUCAAGUUGCUGCAGAACAGCAAGAGUUAAACUUCAUCCAGCUUGUUCUUUCCAAAUGGCCCAACCACAGUGAUCUUCCUUUUCAGGCGCUCCUGAGAGGUGAAGGAAAUGUCAUGUGACAGCGUGCAUCCUUUGGUUCUUCCCUGGGCCUCCACUGGUUGGCUUUCUCAUUUAUCCAUCACCCAGGUCUUAGAAAAUAUUUCAUAUUUUGCUGCUUGCUGGACAUUUUCUGUCAGAAAAUCACGUGCAGCGGGACAAAUUUAGUAAGUUACUUGUGUAUGAGGAUGAGGAAAGGUGAACGUUUUAGCUCUAAACACAGUCACCACGGUGUGAAUGUGUCUGCAUGUUCUUUGAUGGAUUUUAACUACCGGGUCAAAAGUGGCCCGAAGAUAAUCUUUGUUCCCAAUACUGUAGUUUCCAUAGAAAUAUGAAUAAAGACAAUGUUUCCCUGUUAUUUUGUUUUGUAGUUGAACAGUUUUGGGUCAUUUUUGACCCGAAGACAACAGGAGAGCAAAUCCUUAAACCCUCCUACAAGAUUCUGCAACUUUUUUAACUUUUAUUUCAACUGUGACACAAAUAUUUCCAAAAACCUUUUAGUCAGUUUUUUUUAAACCUAACGUACUCGUUCCUCAUGUCUGAGGCAUUUUGCACCCUUUGCUGAAAAUGCUAUAAAAUCUGUUUUUUCUGCCAUUUAUUAUAUGGAAAAUAAUUUUUUCAGUCAAUAAUUCAGAUAUUUAAACUUU